AUGAAUGCCUUGAAAGAUACUAUAGUUACAGAAGAUGAUGUCAAUUUGCUUGUAGUAAUUAUUGAUACAAAUCCAAUAAUAUGGGCAUCAAAAGAUUCAAUAUUCACACUCAAAGAUAUUGUACACCAUCUUUUGAUAUAUAUUAAUGCACAUUUAUCAUUAAAACAUGAUAAUGAGGUAGUUGUCAUUGCAAGUCAUACUGGUUUCAGUAAAUUUUUAUAUCCAAUCCCAUUAGAAUCAAAAUCAGAAUCUUUGCAGCAAAAAUCUGACAAAUCAAUCAAUUCCACAUUAUAUCAAAGAUUUAGAGAAGUUCCAUGA